AUGGCUUCCAACACCAACAUCAACAUCAACAUCCGCUACCGCCCCGGUACAGUGGAAUGCCCCUCCUGCACCUUCUGCACCACCAGCGGCGCCAUCGAAUGCCCCCAAACCAACCACCCCUACAACGUGCAAGCCCACACGGGAAUGCAAUGCUACAUGUGCUCCCGCUGCUCGCACAACCGCUACAAAGCGCCCGCGAAGCGCCUCUUCUCCAGAACCUUCACCUGGUACGUGCACAUCCCCCUUGACGAGGAGAUGACCGGCUCUGAGAUCCUAAAGUACAGACUUGCGCUGGCCGAGCUGCAGAACGCCCGGGCCACCAUCUUCGUGAAGAAGGAGAACGUGCCUGACGGCGGCAUGGUGAUGCCCGUGGCCAUGGCCAAGGAUGUGCCUGCGAAUGUCGUCUUUGCCGAGGCGAGGGAGAUGGUUCGUUGCAAUUUGAGAAAUCUGCAGCAGCUGUAUGAUAUGGAGCAGUUCCUGGGGGUUUGAUAUCCCGUCUACUAUAUCUGGGUGGGUAUAUCGCCUAUCUAUCUACUAGUCGUAGGUAGGUAUUCAUUCGUUGCUGUUGUUGUCUCGUGUCUGGUAAGUGAUGGUAUACUGAACCUAACAUGACAUGACAUGACAUGUGUUAUCUGCCAGGUUCGGACUUGAAGUAUGGACUAAUUUUGUUGUGCUUGAGUUUUGUUAUUUACAUACCUGUGCUUUUACGACAAUUUGUUUAUCUAAAA